CAGCAGGCGAUGCGCGGUGCCGCCGUGCUCCCCCAGACCUCCUGCGCCCCAUGUAGUCCCGCUCCCGGCAGAGCCAGGCAGGCGGCGGAGCCGAGGCCGGCGCCGACAUGGGAACCUUAGGGAAAAGGAAGGAAAACGAGCAACCUGCCCAAGGAUGCAGCACUGCCCCUGAAGCAGUGCUUGAACUGAAGCAAAUCAGUCACUGUCCCAGCCUUUCAAAUCUUGCCCAGGUCACGAUGGUGCCGCUAGGGCACCUAGCCAAAGGGGCCACUUUGGAAGAUCUUCUUGAGACCUGCAUUCAGUCUUUUGAUCUAGAAGGAAAUGCAUAUCAGAACAACCAGCUGCUAAAGAUAAUUCUGACCAUGCAUCAAUUUAUCAUCUCCUCUGCGGACAUGCUCCAGAAACUCAUCGAUCUCUAUCUUAAUGCUUUAGAAAAGAAAUCUUCCAUGCUAUGUGUAAAGAUAUGCUAUUUUGUGAGGUAUUGGAUUACAGAGUUCUGGGUUAUGUUCAAAAUGGAUUCCAAACUAACCAAAACUAUGGAGGAAUUUCAAGAACUGGUAAAAGCUAAUGGUGAGGAGUUACAUUGUCAUCUAAUCGACACAACUCAAAUAAAUUCCAGGGAUUGGUCUAGAAAGCUAACACAGCGUGUAAAGGCCAACACCAGUAAGAAACGGAAAGUCUCCCUUCUUUUUGAUCGCCUUGAGCCAGAGGAGCUCUCGGACCACCUUACCUAUCUUGAGUUCAAGUCUUUCAGAAGAAUAUCGUUCUCAGAUUAUCAGAACUACAUUGUGAAUAGCUGUGUGAAGGAGAAUCCAACAAUGGAAAGGUCAAUUGCUCUUUGCAAUGGUAUCUCACAGUGGGUACAGCUGAUGGUUCUCAGCAGACCAACACCACAGCUCCGGGCUGAAGUGUUCAUCAAAUUCAUUCAUGUUGCACAGAAACUCCACCAGUUGCAGAAUUUCAAUACGUUAAUGGCAGUGAUAGGAGGUCUCUGUCACAGUUCCAUUUCCAGACUCAAGGAAACGAGCUCUUAUGUUCCUCAUGAUGUAAUUAAGGUGUUCAAUGAAAUGACAGAACUGCUUUCAUCUUACAGAAACUAUGACAGUUAUCGACGUGCCUAUAAUGAGUGUACUAGCUUUAAGAUUCCAAUCCUUGGUGUCCACCUGAAAGACCUGAUAUCACUUUAUGAGGCCAUGCCAGACUACUUGGAGGACAAAAAAAUUAACAUAUACAAACUUUACUCUCUAUAUAACCACAUAAAUGAGCUGAUACAACUGCAGGAAAUGCCUCUUCCUCUGGAGGCUAAUAUGGACCUUGUUCAUUUGCUUACACUGUCCCUUGAUCUUUAUUAUACAGAAGAUGAAAUCUAUGAGCUUUCAUACGCGCGAGAGCCAAGAAGUCACCGAGCUGCACCUUUGACACCUUCCAAACCACCAGUAGUUGCAGACUGGGCCUCAGGGGUAUCCCCAAAACCUGAUCCAAAAACCAUCAGCAAGCAUGUUCAGAGAAUGGUGGAUUCUGUCUUCAAAAAUUAUGACCAUGAUCAGGAUGGAUACAUUUCUCAGGAAGAAUUUGAAAAGAUUGCAGCCAGCUUUCCAUUCUCAUUUUGUGUAAUGGAUAAGGACUGGGAAGGUCUGAUUAGCAGGGAUGAGAUAACAGCAUACUUUAUGAGGGCUAGCUCAAUCUACUCCAAAUUAGGACUUGGCUUUGCUCACAACUUCCAAGAGACCACUUAUUUAAGGCCUACUUUCUGCGACAACUGUGCUGGAUUUCUGUGGGGAGUCAUUAAACAAGGAUAUAGAUGCAAAGACUGUGGAAUGAACUGUCACAAGCAAUGCAAAGACCUGGUUGUGAUAGAGUGCAAGAGAAGAUCCAAAACAUCAACUGCAGAUAGCAGCCCCACAUCAGCUCUUGCUUCAAGCCUCUGCCCAGUGGGGGUCAAGGAGCAGUUGCAUGGACAAGAAGAAGGACCCUUCAUGUUUCCUAAUGGAGUAGUGGAACACAGUGAAGACAGCAAGGACCGAACCAUUAUGCUCAUGGGUUCCUCAGCUCAGAAAAUCUCAGUGAGACUGAAACCAGCUGUGGUUCAUACGGGUACUCAGACUGAUCCCGUACUGCUGGCUAGUGAUGUAUCUCAUAGGCAAGCUGAGAAGAAAGAGCACAGAAUGCCAGAAAAUAUUUACCUCCAGCCUGCUCCACAAUCUCCCUGUCCAAGCCCAGUUCUAAGUCGCAGAAAGGCAUAUGUUAAAUGGGAAAACAAAGACUCCAGCCGGAAAAUGAAGGAGCAUCACAGCUGUAAACCCUCAUACCAAGAACUUGAGCAGGAAAUAAGUAUUCUAAAGGCAGACAAUGAAGCUUUAAAGAUCCAGCUUGAACAGGCACAUAAAACAAUUGAAUCUCUCACAAUCCAGAGAAGAAAUCAUGUAGUGGACAACAUACAACACCGAGACUGCUCCUAGCAGACAAGACAGGAAGUUUCCUAUGGAAGAAUGUAAGACUGAAGGAGGGGUUGUGAUAAAGCUGCUUUAUCAAGUGAAUAGGAAAUAGUCUGAAGGAUUUUAAACAGAAAUCACUCAGCAUAUUUCACUAUUAAGAAUAUGCUCCCAAAUGUAUAAAUACACUCCUUUGACUUUUUAAGGUAAUUAAGUGUCUUCUGAGUAAUGAAAGUAGUAUCUUCUGGAAUUGCUUUUAAAAAGGAGUGAUACUGUUCCUCAAGUUCAUAAUGAAGAUGACAUGGAUCCCCCGGUGAUUGGACUGCAAGCACCACAUCUUACUCUGCAAGUAUUCUGACAGAGCAGCUAUUCAUAAGGGCCUUGUCAACCCAAAUUUGGCCCAGUUCCAGGUUUGUAGAAACAAACAUUUGAUAAAGCUAAGGAUUUAAAUAAAACUGUAGAAAUAUUCCAUUAAGAGAAACACGAUUCCUUCUGCCUUUAGCGGAAGCCAGUUAAAAUCAUGAAGUGUACUAUUGCCAUGGUUUAGGAGGAAUACUAAAAUGAGCAGUUAAGCUAAUGAUACUUGAUUCGCAGGCUCUUUUUUAGGAUAAACUGACAAUUUUUUAAAACUCUUUCAGGGCUUAGAAGUACUGCUGCUCAAAUGUUUACCUUUGUGAAAUACAUAAGACUAUAGAGAAUUUACACUGAAUACUGCUUCCAUUUCUGUGUUCCUUGCUGUAGCUUGGCACACUUACCUCUACUUACAGGACUUAAGGGAUAGUUUGUUGACCACAUACUUUAGCUGUAGGACAAGGCCACAUAUUUUAUCUCAUGUAAAAGUGACAUCAGUGUUACAACAUCUUCUGAGUAGAACCUUAAAGGCCAUUUUAUGAAGGAAAGUCUGCAGUAACCCCAGUGCAACAGUUACUAUAUCCAAGAAUUUCUAACAUCUUCCAAUUCUGACCAGGUUUUCUCUAUUUCCUCUCUUUCUCUUAGGUCUUGCAUGCACUUUAGGUAAAGAGUCAAGAUAAGUGUCCUCUUACAUGUGUAAAUUUUGUACAGUAAAUGGUGCUAGUGAGGUAACUUAGGUUUCUUAAAGCUACACAAUGUACAUACUGUUAAGAGAUGACACAGCCAACUUCAAAAUUCCAUUUGGAUUCCAAGAAAAUCCUUAAACUUACAGCUGUAUAAAAUUUGCUUGCAUUUAUCAAAUAGGCAUUUGUCAUCACAAAUAUUUAAACAUCAGAAACUUAUGACUUUGAGAAAUUUAUUCAUAAAGUACAUUUAAUGUUCUUUAAAACUCUUAACUUACUUCACAAGAACAAAGUCUACUAUAAAGUGAAUUUUUAGUUGACCUAUUACAAUACCAUGUGUACUUGGGUUUAAAAUGGUAUAAAUGUAUAUUCCAUCCCCAAUUUACAGUCAUUAAUUAAAAAAUUUAUGACUGCUUCAUUUAUAAAGUAAAUGUCCAUUUGAAACUACUUACAAAUUUAGUGAUUUCAAAUUCUUGAUCUGAACUUGGAUCAUGCUUGCAUCUCCAAGAUUAAGUAAAACCAAAUGGAGAGAGAGUAGUAGCUUUUCUGUUAUCUCACUGUAAAUAUGUAUGGUAUGUAAAGACUUGAGAUGCAUGUGACAGAAUAGCAGCUUUUUCUUCCUCUUACACUAAACCUGAAUUUUUAACAGUUAACAUGAAACUGCACUUUGUGAUCAAUGAAAUAAUCAAAAUGGCUCUUCAGUCAUGUUUGCAAACUUGCUUUGCCCAUAUUCUGUAAACAUUUACUUUUGUCUUCUUUGAAGGGAACUAUACCAAGGAGUAUUUCUAUUAGGCAUUUAGCAAAUAAAAGUCUAUUUUUACAAGAAUUAAAAUGAACAAGAUACAUGUUGAAUAUAUUUUCACAUAUUUGGAAAAUACCCUGAAACAGCACUUGAUCGAUACAUCCUAUUGUCCAGUUAACUCUGAUAGCUUUUGGUGAAAAGUCUGGAUUCUAAUAGACAAACUAUAUAUGCAGAAAUGCUACUGUGAAAAUCUAUCACGAACAAACUCGUACUUAAAAAUAAAAUUCUCUAUAAUGUCAGCAGCUGGCCUACAGGCUACUGUGUUAGGGUCAGAAACCUAAAAUACUGACAAAAUUGACAUGAAGCAGAAAUAAGACUGACCAUUUUUACUUAAUACUCAAAAUUAAGUUAUGACUACAGAUUUGUACAGACUUAAAUGUUAACAUAGUAUUUCCCUGUGUCCUUGCUGUUUCUACAGUCUGAAUGAUUUGAAAGGGAUCUGCUUGCAGGAUCCUCUCACAGAAAGAGCCUGUGGGUGUCUCAUGUAUGCUGAAAACUCCUUACUUCAAAGUAGUCUGUAAAAUUGAAAAAUGGAUGCCAGAGCUCUUUUCAGGUUUCAUUUGCCCAAAGCCCUGCCAAUUUUGUGGUGACAGUCCCUUCUUACUGCUUUUGGGACUUCCCUUUUUGCUGCAUGAAAGACCCAAGUUAGUAGUAGAAACUGACUGCACAGGGAUAGCACCAAAACAGACACAAUUACUGACACAGGGGGGAAAAAGUCACCCACCUCUAUCUUAAAUCUUAAAAUCUUAAAUCUUAAAGUUUACACUCAGAAAAAAAGAUAAGAGUGCCAAGUGCUAUUUUAAAGUCACCUUAGCGUACACUGUUGAUAUUCAGCGCCCUUUAAAAUUUAUCUUGUCAUGGCUAGUAUAAAGAAAAGCAUCCACUUUUUUUCCCUUCUCCAGACUCAGCUGUACCUACAGGAAGAAAAAUCCAGUGUCCCCCCCCCCCCCCCACUAAAUUACUAUUUUUUUCUACAUUUGAAUUCUGAUCCUUUAAAGAGACAAGUUGAUUGAGUAAUAUCAGAAUUAACAAUACAGGAGUAAUGUUAAUAGAUUAAAAAGCAUCUACCUUUAAAGUAGCUUACAUAUGUUUUUGAAAUUAUCGAAAAAGUUAACUUUUGGAAUUGUCUUUGUUCUAGUAGCAAUAUGUUAUUUUGUUUUAACUGAUCUGUAUUAAUGGCAACUUGCAGAAUUUUUGUUUUAAGGGUGUUAAAGAAGACUGGAAAAGUGUACAGAUUGUAAAGAUUUUAUAUAUAGUGUAGGUUUGUGAUUUAAUAUUUAUAAUAGAAAAAAUAUUAAAAUUUUACUUCACGCCUCUGA